AUGGGUAAAGAAGAGGGGAAAGAGACUGGGAAGAAGACGAUGAAGAGCUUGAGAAGCAUAAGAUCGAUAUUCAUCCACGCGGACGGUGUAGAUUGGGUGCUGAUGGGAUUAGGGUUGAUCGGAGCCGUCGGUGAUGGCUUCUCAACUCCUCUUGUUCUUCUCAUCACCAGCAAGCUCAUGAACAAUCUUGGUGGUUCCCCUUUUAACACUGAAACCUUCAUGCAAAGCAUUUCCAAGAAUGCUGUAGCUUUGCUUUAUGUGGCUUGUGGAUCUUGGGUUGUCUGUUUCCUUGAAGGAUAUUGUUGGACAAGAACAGGGGAGAGACAAACAGCAAGAAUGAGAGAGAAGUACUUAAGAGCAGUCUUAAGACAAGAUGUGGGUUACUUUGAUCUUCAUGUCACAAGUACUUCUGAUGUUAUCACAAGUGUCUCUAGCGACAGCUUCGUCAUCCAAGACGUGCUUAGCGAAAAGUUACCAAAUUUUUUGAUGAGCGCAUCAACGUUCGUUGGAAGCUACAUAGUUGGCUUUAUCUUGUUAUGGAGACUCGCCAUAGUUGGCUUACCCUUCGUUGUCCUCUUAGUGAUCCCGGGACUUAUGUAUGGCCGAGCCCUUAUAAGCAUUUCGAGGAAGAUACGCGAAGAGUACAAUGAGGCUGGUUUUGUGGCCGAGCAGGCUAUCUCUUCUGUGCGAACCGUCUAUGCGUUUUCCGGGGAGAGGAAGACGAUCUCCAAGUUUUCGACCGCGCUUCAAGGCUCGGUGAAGCUAGGGAUUAGACAAGGGCUAGCUAAAGGAAUCACCAUUGGAAGCAAUGGAAUCACUUUCGUUAUGUGGGCGUUCAUGUCUUGGUAUGGAAGCCGGAUGGUCAUGUACCAUGGUGCUCAAGGUGGUACUGUCUUUGCUGUAGCCGCCUCUGUUGCCAUCGGUGGCGUAUCACUUGGUGGUGGUUUGUGUAAUCUCAAGUACUUCUUUGAGGCGGCUUCAGUUGGGGAACGAAUCAUGGAAGUGAUAAACAGAGUUCCCAAGAUCGAUUCAGACAAUCCGAAAGGACAAAAAUUGGAGAAAAUUAGAGGAGAAGUCGAGUUCAAACAUGUAAAGUUUCUGUAUCCAUCAAGACCCGAGACAUUGGUCUUUGACGAUUUUUGUCUGAGAGUUCCGUCCGGGAAAACCGUGGCUUUGGUGGGAGCAAGCGGGUCGGGAAAAUCAACUGUGAUAUCGCUUUUGCAAAGGUUUUAUAACCCUGUUGCAGGAGAGAUUCUCAUAGACGGUGUAUCCAUUGAUAAGCUGCAAGUGAAGUGGUUGAGGUCGCAAAUGGGUUUAGUUAGCCAAGAGCCUGCACUUUUUGCCACAUCCAUAAAGGAGAACAUAUUGUUUGGUAAAGAAGAUGCAUCUAUGGAUGAUGUUGUGGAAGCUGCUAAGGCCUCUAAUGCUCAUAAUUUCAUUUCUCAGUUACCUAAUGGCUAUGAAACUCAGGUUGGGGAGAGAGGAGUGCAAAUGUCAGGAGGACAGAAACAGAGGAUUGCAAUCGCACGUGCAAUAAUCAAAUCACCAACAAUUCUCCUUCUAGACGAGGCAACAAGCGCAUUAGACUCUGAAUCCGAAAGAGUAGUCCAAGAAGCCUUAGAAAAUGCUUCGAUUGGUCGCACAACUAUCCUUAUCGCCCACCGUCUCUCUACUAUUCGUAACGCUGAUGUUAUCUCUGUAGUCAAGAACGGCCAUGUUGUUGAGACUGGAUCACACGAUGAGCUAAUGGAAAACUUUGAUGGUCAAUAUGCCUCACUAGUCCGUUUACAACAGAUUGAAAAAGAAGACUCAGACGUGAAUAUGAGCGUCAAUGUGCAAAUGGGUCCAAUCUCGGAUCAUAACAAAGAUUUGAGAAGUACUUCAAGAGUCUCGACUCUUAGCCGGUCAAGCUCUGCUAACCCAGUUACAGGUUCAAGCAUUGUGAAGAAUCAUUCUGAAGAUAAGAAGCCGCCUUUACCAUCGUUUAAGAGACUGUUGGCAAUGAAUUUACCGGAAUGGAAACAGGCCUUGUACGGUUGCAUAAGCGCAGCCUUGUUCGGUGCCAUACAACCAGCAUACGCAUAUUCUUUAGGGUCAAUGGUAUCGGUUUAUUUUUUAACGAGCCACGAGGAGAUCAAGGAGAAAACGAGGCUCUAUGCAUUAUCUUUUGUUGGUUUAGCCGUGCUUUCUUUCUUGAUCAAUAUAAGCCAACACUACAAUUUCGCAUACAUGGGAGAGUAUUUGACUAAGCGUAUCCGAGAACGGAUGCUCUCUAAAGUGCUAACAUUUGAAGUCGGUUGGUUCGAUCGAGAUGAGAAUUCGAGCGGUGCCGUUUGCUCUAGACUCGCAAAAGAUGCUAAUGUGGUGAGAUCGUUGGUAGGUGAUCGAAUGGCAUUACUGGUACAAACCAUAUCGGCAGUAACCAUAGCUUGCACGAUGGGUUUGGUCAUCGCGUGGAGGUUAGCCCUUGUGAUGAUCGCAGUGCAACCGCUGAUUAUUGUUUGCUUCUACACUCGCCGUGUUCUGCUCAAGAACAUGUUGAAACAAGCGAUCAAGGCUCAAGACGAGAGUAGCAAACUAGCCGCAGAGGCCGUUUCAAACGUUCGAACCAUCACUGCCUUUUCAUCACAAGAACGUAUCAUGAAAAUGCUCGAAAAGGCUCAAGAAAACCCGAGGAGAGAGAGCAUUCGUCAGUCGUGGUUCGCUGGCAUCGGUCUAGCCAUGUCGCAGAGCCUCACGUCGUGCACGUGGGCUUUGGAUUUCUGGUACGGUGGUAGAUUAAUCGGUGAUGGUUACAUCACGGCUAAAGCUUUGUUCGAAACGUUUAUGAUCUUGGUUAGUACCGGUCGGGUUAUUGCCGAUGCUGGAAGCAUGACCACGGAUUUAGCCAAAGGUUCGGAUGCGGUCGGGUCGGUUUUCGCUGUUCUGGACCGGUACACGUCGAUUGACCCGGAGGAUUCGGAUGGAUAUGAGGCGGAGAGAAUAACGGGUCGGGUCGAAUUUCUCGAUGUGGACUUUUCGUACCCGACUAGACCGGAUGUGAUGAUAUUCAAAGAUUUCUCGAUUGAUAUCGCCGCCGCGAAGUCGACUGCGAUUGUUGGUCCAAGCGGGUCGGGUAAAUCGACGAUAAUCGGGUUGAUCGAACGGUUUUACGAUCCGGUUAAAGGUGUUGUGUUAAUCGACGGUCGCGAUUUAAGAUCGUAUAAUCUGAGAUCGCUUCGUCAACACAUAGCUUUGGUUAGCCAAGAGCCGACGUUGUUCGCCGGGACGAUCCGAGAGAACAUCCUAUACGGAAGAGCGUCGGAUAAAAUCGACGAAUCAGAGAUCAUCGAGGCUGCGAGGGCAGCGAACGCUCACGAUUUCAUCACAUCGUUAUCGGACGGCUACGAUACGUACUGCGGAGACAGAGGAAUACAGUUAUCCGGUGGUCAGAAACAGAGAAUCGCAAUCGCUCGGGCUGUGUUGAAGAACCCAUCGGUGUUGCUCCUCGACGAAGCGACAAGCGCUUUGGACAGCCAGUCGGAGCGCGUGGUGCAAGACGCGCUUGAGCGCGUGAUGGUUGGGAGGACGAGCGUUGUGAUCGCGCAUAGACUGAGCACGAUUCAAAACUGCGACGCGAUCGCUGUUUUAGACAAAGGAAAACUCGUUGAACGUGGGACCCAUUCAUCCUUGUUGGCAAAAGGUCCCACAGGUGUUUACUUCUCAUUGGUUAGUCUUCAAAGAACUUCUUGUUAAAUAAAGACGACUAAAAAGGGUCAAACAAAGAUAGACGACCCAUGUUUCUAAUGAAAUUGACCAUGUUACAUAACGCCAAUAUAUUUACUUGUAACCAAAAAU